GCUGAAACACACUCACGGGACCACGUCGGGGCUCGACGGCAAAGCUCGGUUCACCGACGGGUGGCGCGAGUGCUCGGGUGCCGGACAGAAAUAAACAAGGCCCGAUGGCGAUGGACAACAAGGGAAACGCAUGAACAUCGGGGUUCGGUCGGCGGCCUGGGACUUGAACGACAGAACAAGGUGCUGCGACGGGGUUCUCUCCAGGACUGUAACUCGCGAACAGAGAUGGAUGGAAAUCGCUGGUUCUCCUCUCCGGGGAUGCUGGUCUCACGAACGACAAGCAACGAACAAAACUUGAAACGCCGGAGGUGGUCUGGUCACGGCGGCGCGAGGGGGAGGAGCAGCGGCUCGUGGUGGCGCUGUGCAGCGAUUGCCGGAGGAGAGCUCACAGGUGGAGGGAGGCUCGCCGUCGGGGCUGCUCGCAGGCGGAGGGAUAUGAUGACAGCGACGGAUGAGGCUUGCGAAGGAGGGCUCGUUGCGGUGGUGACACGGCUGUUGCAGGCGAGCAGGGCAGCGACUUCGACGAUGAUGGUGAUGGAGGGCGAGGUGAAGAUGACGAUGAGGGGGAUGGCCGGAUUCUUUGGUGCUGCCACGAGGAAAAAGGGGAAGAGAUUGAGAGAGAUGGGGAAAGAUGAGAGAGAUGCUAUCCAGUACGCUCAGCCCAUCUCGACCGUGCCGCCCGGCUCUAGUUCGAGUAAGAGGAAGUCUGACUUCAAGAACAAGGGCAAGGGCAAGAAAGGGAACUUCGGCAGACGCGACGACCGACCCACCCAGGGUCAACAGCAGAGGUGCCCUAAAUGCGGCAGGUUCCACACCGGGGAGUGCUUAGCAGACCAGCGAGCUUGUUACAACUGCAACCGUCCGGGACACUAUGCUAGUGUCUGCCCCGAACCGAGGAGACAGCAGCA